AUGUUCCAUACCUUCCAGGCUGGAGGUCUUGCGCCGCGCCACACAUUUGAAGAGUCGCGAGGGGCCUCCAAACACGGGCCGUCUAAGAGAAUUACGACUCCUCACGCAUGCGCGGAAUGCAAACGUCGGAAAAUUAGAUGUGAUGGUCGACAACCCUGUGGACAAUGUCUAGGCUGCCGAUCUCCUAAGCUAUGCUAUUAUGAUAAACACCGGGAAAGGGUCAUCCCCUCGAGGAAAACUCUGGAUGCUCUCUCUCAAUCUUUAGAGGAAUGUCGCACAAUCCUGAAGCGAUUGUACCCCAAUCGAGACACUCAGUCAUUGCUCCCCCUAUCCCGAUACGAACUCAUCUCUAUCCUCGACCGCUCAGCUUCUGAAGUUGCCCCUUCACAGACCUCCCCAGCGAGCUUUGAUACCUCGCCUGUCUCGCAAGAAUUGCACUCUCCCAUUGCGUCUAUAUCUGAUGACGAUCGAGGCCUGGCGAAUCUCGAGCAGAUACCGAGCCAAGACACAGAAUGGGAUGAGGAGCGGCGGAAUCGAGAGCCAAUCCCUGCGGAGGCUGAUGAUGUUAAUGCGCUGUCAUUGUCAGUAGACCGACAGUCAUCCUAUCUAGGAGCGACCUCAAUCAAAGCCGCAUUCCUUGUCAUGCUUAAGAUUGCGCCGACAUUACGCACGUUUCUUGCACCUCCCAAUACUGCGAGUAGCAAGCAGUUUAAUGUCGGAAACAAUAAUCCAACGCCACGGCCUGGAGGAUCCGUAAAGACCCUACUAGCAAUUGCAUGGUCUUCAGAGGGACAGACUCUUAUAGAUGCCUACUUCAACCGGGUUCAGAUCUUGGUGCCUAUGCUGGACGAACCAUCUUUCAGGGCAGAUUAUUUGAGUGGACGACGGCAGGAUGCGCCAUGGCUAGCGCUGCUCAACAUGGUAUUUGCAAUGGGUAGUAUUGUAGCAAAUAAAUCGGAUGACCACAACCACCUCGGUUUCUACAAUCGAGCUAAAGACCAUCUCGGGAUUGAUAACUUUGGAAGCGGUCGCCUUGAGACCUUGCAAGCUUUGACGCUAAUGGGUGGGUAUUAUCUUCACUAUAUCAAUCGUCCUAAUAUGGCAAAUGCUAUCUCCGGGGCUGCUUUACGGAUGGCCUGUGCAAUGGGCCUGCAUAGAGAAAGCGUGUCUGACAAGAACGGCGGAAACCAGCUAGUCGUUGAGCAGCGGAGGAGAACCUGGUGGAGCUUGUUCUGUCUUGAUACUUGGGCAUCAACUACCUUAGGGCGACCUUCAAUGGGAAGAUGGGGACCGGCUAUCACUAUUCGUUCACCUAGUGGAACCCAUGAUCCGAACGUGAUCGGUCAACAUACUGGAAUCAUUCCAUUAAUUGAAAAUAUCAAGUUUUGCAAAAUAGCCACACAAAUCCAGGACCUCCUCGCGCAGUCACCUCUGCUCCGCACCGAAGACCGUGACAACCUAGAUGGACAACUCGUUGCAUGGCAGGACAACCUCCCUUGGAUUCUUCGAUCCACAGAGCCUUGUCCAGAAUCCAUCUACACGGCCCGCUGCGUCAUGAAAUGGCGCUGUCAGAACCUACGCAUUGUCCUGCACCGACCUGUCCUCCUGAAUCUAGCAUAUCGCGGGAAUCAAGGAGCCCCGACGCGAGAAGACCUGGCGGCAGUUAGCAAAUGUCGAGCAAUAGCCAAGCAGACCAUUGAGGAUAUCGCGCGCGAAUGGACGCCGAAUCAGAUGCUGGGCUGGAACGGGGUUUGGUUUCUGUACCAAGCGUCGAUGAUACCUCUUGUUAGCAUUUUUUGGGAACCGUGGAACACCCAACGAAUUCGGGAAUGUCGAUCGCAGAUCGAGACUGUGCUGGAGGCAUUCGAAGGUAUGGCUGAUUGGUCGUUGGCUGCGAGGCGGAGUAGAGAGGUUGUAAGCAAGAUGUAUGAGGCGAGUAAGCAACCACUGACACAACAAACGAGUCCCAAGUUGGGCUCCGUUAUGCUGAGCGGCAUUGACGGAACUAAUGGCAUGGAGAGUAUGAAUGACGGAAGUGUUAUGGGUAGCCUUAAUGGUGAAAAUAGGCAUCUGUUGCCAAUGGAACCCCCGGAAAUGCAACAUGUGGGAUCGGUCGGGGAAGAUGGGAUGGUAUUACUCGACUAUCAAAGUAUCUGGGACUUUGACGGGAUGCUAUGGGGCAACCUACCAGAUGGGUUGGACAUGCCUUUUGACGGGAUGCCGAAUAUGGAGUUUGAGGACACAGUGGGUAUGUCCUAUGGUGGGAGUUAUAUGGUAUAUCAAUAA